UCAUAGACUGGCGUGACGCGAUGUCGCUUUCUUCAAUGAGGACGUUCAUUGAAUCACAACCGAACUAAAGAGGGGGAAAACAUGUCUGAAGUGCGAAAAUUCACUAAAAGGUUAAGCAAACCUGGGACGGCUGCGGAGCUCAGACAAAGUGUGUCAGAGGCAGUGAGGACGUCCAUUGCUGUGGAGCAGCCGAAAAUCAUUGAGCCGCUGGACUAUGAGAAUGUGGUGUUCCAGAGAAAAGCUCAGAUCCACAGUGAUCCACAGAGAGACCUGCUACUGUGGCCAGCUGAUGAUGUAUCAGAGGCCCAGAUUCAUCGUCAAAGAAGAACGGUUGUUCCAUCAGUACCUCAAAAUGCUGAAAAUGAAGCUAAAAGUCUGUUCGCCAAAGAGUGCAUUAAGAUGUACAACACUGACUGGCACGUCAUCAACUAUAAUUACGAGGCGUACUCAGGAGAUUUCCGGAUGCUGCCCUGGUAUGUUGAAGUUUGCACUAUUUUUGCCAAAGGCUUCUCAGAGCUAUUUCCAAAAAUUUGGCGUAAGCUACUUUUUCUGUCUUGCAGUAAAGGGUUGAAGACGGAGAAGCUUCCUAGUCAAAUGUUUGAGGUUGAUGAGGGGGAGGAGGAUUCGUCGUCUCUGUGCUCUCAGAGAGGAGGUGUAAUGAAACAGGGCUGGUUACAGAAAGCCAACAUCAACAGCAGUCUCUCUGUCUCCAUGAAGGUGUUCAAGAGAAGGUAUUUCUACCUGUCUCAACUCCCUGACGGCUCCUACAUACUGAAUUCAUACAAAGAUGAGAAAAACUACAAAGAGUCAAAAGGCUCCAUCUAUCUGGACUCCUGCAUAGAUGUGGUUCCGUGUCCUAAGAUGCGGCGGAAUGGCUUUGAGCUAAAGAUGCAGGAGCGUUACAGUCACUAUCUGGCGGCCGACAGUGAGGCGGAGAUGGAGGAGUGGGUGAGCACGCUGAAACAGGCUUUACUGAGUGCGAUGGAGGACAGGAGGAACGGAUCAGAGCACUCAGAAGGCUUUCUAGAUGACGACAGCAGCAGUCAGGGGAAGCCAGAAAACAUUGCUGAAAGCUUUGGACGGAGUCUUCAUCCAGAGCUAAUGAAGUAUGCUAGAGAGACAGACCAGCUGAAUAAAAUGAGCAGGAAUGAGGGUCGGCUGAAAAUAUUCACCCUUGAUCCUGAGACUCAGAGAUUAGAUUUCUCAGGUAUUGAGCCUGACGUGAAGCCGUUUGAGGAGCGCUUUGGACGAAGAAUCAUGGUCAGUUGUCACGAUUUGACCUUCGCACUGCAAGGAUGCGUCAGUGAGAAGAAUGAUGGAGCACUAACCAAUAUCGAGCCGUUCUUCAUCAGCCUGGCUUUGUAUGAUCUGACCAGAGGCUGCAAGAUCUCUGCAGACUUCCACGUUGACCUGAACCCAGCUUGUGUAAGGGAAAUGCUUCUAGAAGCUUCUCCUCAGACACCGACAGAACCAGAAGCAGGAGACUGCAAUGAAACAGUCAGGGUCAGUGGACAUAGCCUGCCGGUUCUCCAGAGGGUUGCUGCAUCUCUCUUACGCUUCCCCACUCAGGGGAUCUUCUCAGUUACAAACCCUCACACCGACAUCUUCCUGGUGGCACGGGUGGAGAAGGUUUUACAGAACGGCAUCACCCACUGCGCUGAACCCUACAUUAAGACUUCUGACAUCAGCAAGACAGUACAGAAAGUCCUGAAGACUGCCAAACAGACCUGCCAGCGUCUGGGCCAAUACCGGAUGCCUUUCGCCUGGACUGCCAAACAGGUUUUUAAAGAUUCUCAAGGCAGUUUAGACAUGGAUGGGAAGUUCUCUCCACUCUACCGCCAGGACAGUAGCAAGAUAUCCACAGAAGACCUCAUCAAACUACUGACAGAUCUCAAGAAACCAGAGAAGAACAAGCUGCAGAUAAUCCCUGGACAAAUUAAUAUCACUGUCGAGUGUGUACCUCCAGACUUGUCAAACUCUGUCACAUCAUCUUAUGUUCCGGUGAAGCCGUUUGAGGAGCAAACAUGUGAGAGGGUGUCUGUGGAAGUGGAGGAGUUUGUCCCAGAAGAGGCCAAAUACAACUACCCAUUCACCAUCUACAAGAACCAGCUCUACGUCUGUCCCCAGCAGCUCAAAUAUGACAAUCAGAAGACCUUUGCCAAGGCCCGAAACAUUGCAGUGUGUGUUCAGUUCAAGGAUUCUGAUGAGGAGGGGGCGGGGCCAUUAAACUGCAUCUACGGCAAGCCAGGGGAGCCACUUUUCAUCACCAGCACUUUUGCUGCAGUUUUGCAUCACAAUCAGUGUCCAGAGUUUUAUAAUGAGAUUAAAAUUGAGCUUCCUGUUCAUGUCCAUGAGAAGCACCACAUUCUCUUUACCUUUUACCACAUAAGCUGUGAGCUCGGCAAUAAAACCACAACCAAGAAGAGAGAGGGAGUAGAAACACUGGUGGGUUAUUCCUGGGCUCCUUUACUGAAGGAUGGCAGAAUACAGUCCUCAGAACUACAACUUCCUGUGUCGGCUAAUCUACCUGCUGGGUACAUGUAUGACAAAAGCCAAGACUUUAAGAAGUCUUCUCCAGACAUCAAAUGGGUGGAGAAUGCCAAACUGUUGUUCAAAGUGCGAACAUAUGUAGCAUCAACAAUUUACACUCCGGAUUUGCACCUUCAUAAUUUCUUCCAGCAUUGCCAGCUGAUGAGGUCAACAUCACAGGGCAAUCAUUCUGAGCUCAUCAAGUACCUAAAGUGCCUGCAUGCAGUGGAGACUCAGGUCAUCAUCAAGUUCCUGCCUACGGUGCUCGUGCAGCUCUUUGAAGUGAUGACUAUGGCAAGCAAAGAGGGUCAAGACAUUGCUGUGAACUCCACACGUGUAAUCAUUCACAUUGUGUCUCAGUGUCAUGAAGAGGGUCUGGAGCACUACUUGCGCUCUUUUCUGAAGUAUGUUUUUCGCAUCAACAACGCAACUUCAGUAAACUCUGUGACGACACAUGAAGUGUUAGCUACAGCCGUGACUGUCAUCCUCAAACAGAUGGCAGACUUUAACACCUGCAACAAACUCCUCAAGUAUUCCUGGUUCUUCUUUGAGACAAUGGCCAAGUCAAUGGCACAGUACCUCCAGGACGGCAACAGAAUGAAAAUGCCUCGAGCUCAGAGGUUUCCUGAUUCAUUCCACCAAGUGCUGCAGUCUCUGCUGCUGUCCAUCAUGCCUCACAUCACUAUCCGCUAUGAGGAGAUUCCAGAGGAGGCCCGCUGUGUGAACUUCAGCCUGGCCUGCUUUAUUAAGCGCUGCCUGACGUUUAUGAACAGAGGAUUUGCUUUCAGUCUGAUUAAUGACUACAUGUGUGGCUUCAGUCUGAAAGAUCCAAAGGUUCUGACAGAGAUGAAGUUUGAUUUCCUUAUGACGGUGUGCAAUCACGAGCACUACAUUCCUCUCAAUCUGCCCAUGGCGUUCGGCCGAACCAAGCUGCAAAGAGUUCAGGAUUUUAUUUCGUAUGCGGCGGAGUGUUUUGGCGUCGUAGAUCAGAGUCUGGAAUACAGUCUAACUGAGGACUACUGUAAGAACCAUUUCCUGGUGGGUCUGCUGCUGCGAGAGGUAGCCGAUGGACUCCAGGGCUGUCCAGAAAUCAGGCAACUGGCUGUGGCUGCACUAAAGAACCUAAUGAUCAAACACGCCAUGGACGAAAGGUACAACGCUUUUAAGAACCAGCAGGCUCGCAUCUGUCUGCUCUACCUGCCACUGUUCGAGCUGUUGUACCAGAACCUCAGUCAGAUGAACAGCCCCAGGCAACUCGUCAGAAAUGGCCUCGGCUUUAUGUACCGGGAUGACUCAUCAGUGGCCGGGUCAGUGGACAGCCGCAGAGGCAGCACCAUCAUUGAUAAGGAACCGGCUAGUGCUAUCAUCCAGAAUGGCUUUGUGAGGAGAAUGGACUCUAGAGGCUCUAUGUAUGGGGAUCCUGGUACUCCAGACAUCAAUGAGUUACACAGGCGUGGUUCCACAAUGAGGACUUUGCCUGCCAUUGGCCAUCUGGGACAGUAUGAGGUCAGAGGGCUGCUUCUGUGUUACCUGCAUAUUAUAAGAACUUUAUCAGAUGACACUCUGUUGGCCUACUGGUCUAAAGUCAGUCCACAAGACAUCAUGAACUUCCUCAGUCUGUUAGAGAUCUGCAUAAUCCAGUUACGCUAUGUGGGUAAACGAAACAUCAGCCGAAACCAGGAUCCCUGGGUGUCAAAACUCUUCCCUUCUGACAGGAAGUCUCAGACCAUGCCAGUGAUGCGUUGUCGGGGAAGCCUUAUGCAAGCAAAGCUGCAGCAGUUCAGCACUAUGGACACGUCACUUACCCUGAAUAUGGCUGGUGGCCCCACAGAAGCGGAUAUCAACCAUCAGGCCUUGCUUGAGGGCAAUAUCUCGACAGAAGCCUGCCUUACAGUACUGGACAUCCUGUCACUCUUCACUCAGUGCUUUAAGAAUCAGCUGCUGGACAGUGAUGGUCACAAUGCUCUGAUGAUGAAGGUUUUUGACACAUACCUCACCUUACUAAAAAUCGGACAAUCAGAAGCAGCAGUCAAACACAUCUUUGCGUCUCUGCGAGCCUUCAUCAUCAAGUUCCAGGUGCCUCUCUUUAAGGGUCGUGUAACGCUGUGUGGCUCGCUGUGUUAUGAGGUCUUGAAGUGCUGUAUGUCUAAACUAAGUGUCCUACGUGGAGAGGCAUCUUCCCUGCUGUACUUGCUCAUGAGGAACAAUUUUGAGUACACCAAGAGGAAAAGCUUCCUGCGCAUGCACUUACAGAUCAUCAUUGCUGUGAGCCAGCUAAUAGCUGAUGUGGCUCUAACAGGCAGCUCGCGUUUCCAGGAGUCACUGUCCAUCAUCAACAACUUUGCCAACAGUGACAAAGCCAUGAAGACCACAACAUUUCCCUCUGAAGUGAAGGGCCUCAUGAUGAGGAUUCGCACAGUUCUCAUGGCCACUGCUCAGAUGCGAGAGCAUGAGAAAGACCCAGAAAUGCUGCUAGACCUUCAGUAUAGUCUCGCCCGGUCGUACGCCAGCACUCCGGAGCUUAGACGCACCUGGCUGGACAGCAUGGCUCGAGCACACAGCAAAAAUGGAGACUUUUCCGAGGCUGCUAUGUGUAAUGUUCAUGUUGCAGCAUUAGUGGCAGAGUAUUUGCACAGGAAAAAGCUGUUCCCAAGUGGACUGGCAGCAUUUAAGAGAAUCACCCAGAACAUUGAUGAAGAGGCAGCCAUGAAAGAAGACAUAGGGAUGCAAGAUGUGUACUACACAGAGGAUGUCCUGGUGGAACAAUUGGAGGUGUGUGUUGAGGGUCUGUGGAAAGCUGAAAGGUUUGAGCUCAUAACACACAUUGCCAGGCUCAUCAUUCCCAUUUAUGAGAAACGGCACGAGUUCGAGAAACUGAGGCGGUUGUAUGACACGCUGCAGCGAGCGUACGCUAAAAUAUUGGAAGUGAUGCUGUCUGGUCGACGUCUGCUGGGGACUUACUUUAGAGUUGCCUUUUACGGACAGGGCUUCUUUGAAGAAGAGGACGGAAAAGAAUAUAUCUACAAAGAGCCAAAGCUCACCGGUCUGUCUGAAAUUUCCCAUCGUCUCAUUACCCUCUACGGAGAAAAGUUUGGAGUAGAAAAUGUCAAAAUCAUCCAAGACUCAAACAAAGUAAACCAGAAAGAUCUGGACCCAAAGUUUGCCUAUAUUCAGGUCACAUUUGUCAAGUCAUACUUUGACGAGAAAGAGCUGUCAGAAAGGAAGACGGACUUUGAGAAGUGCCAAAACAUCAGUCGUUUUGUCUUUGAGACACCUUACACACUCACAGGAAAGAAACACGGUGGGGUUGAGGAACAGUGCAAGCGGCGAACGAUACUUACCACGGCCAACACAUUUCCCUACGUAAAGAAGCGCAUCGAGGUGGUGGCAGAGAAACACUUUGAGCUGAAACCCAUUGAUGUGGCAAUAGAUGAGAUGAAAGAGAAAAGUGCUGAACUCACAAAACUCUGCUUAAAUCAAGAGGUUGACAUGAUCCAGCUCCAACUCAAACUCCAAGGCUGUGUUAGUGUGCAGGUGAAUGCAGGACCAAUGGCCUACGCCAGAGCUUUCCUGGAUGAAUCCAAAUCGGGUCAAUCCAACAAGAAAGUAAAAGAGCUCAAGGAAAUAUUCAGGCAAUUUGUUAAUGCAUGCAGUAUGGCGUUGGACAUUAACGAGAGACUCAUUAAGGAAGACCAGUAUGAGUACCAUGAGGGACUUAAGGCAAACUUCAAAAGCAUGGUGAAGGAGCUUUCCGAUAUCAUCCAUGAGCAGAUCUACCAGGAGGACAUGAUGCAUUCUCUGUUGCAGAACUCUCUUCACGUGUUUAGCGCUAUCAGCGGAACCUCCAGUAACCUGGGCUAGAACAUUUCACUCAUUGUUCUUGACUAUCAGUUCAACUGAAUGUAUAAAUCAAGUUACUAUAGACCUUCAGCAAGCAUCCCUCUGGCUGCAAGAAUGUCAGCAUUUUAGAUUGUGCCAUGUUUUACUUGUGUACAGUUAGUCCUUUUUUUUAAUUUUGGGUUUGUGUAUAUAUUGCUUUUUCAAUUCUAAUUGGCAUUUUAAAGCCAACAUGAUAUAAAAAUUGACCCUGUCUACA